AUGUUGGCAAGGAUACUUCGAACACACGCACGCCCUGUGGGGCCCUCGGCACGGGCGCUUGCCCCUGCACGUUCAUUCAGCACUUCGCCACGGUACUUGAAGCCUGCAGUGGAAACGAUCUCGUCCAGCACGCCACCGCCACCGCCUCCCACCAUGAAGGCGGGCAAGGGCGAGGGUACUAUUGCAUCUGUCUUUGCCACGCUUUCAGGAGGCACAUUGGAAGAUGCACUUCCGGACCGGUUUGCCGACCUCAAGCGCUCCCUGGUUACAUCGCCCUCGCACGCAGAGUACCUGCAGACAACUUGGCGCAGCGUCCUCUCUGCGCUGUCCGCGCGCGUUGCCGAGACGGAGCGUCUGGGUGGGGAUAGCAUUCCCGAAGUGACGUUUCCCUCUACAUCGGAUGUUGGCCCACUGCAAAGCUGGACGGACGCAUCGACAUACGAGGCGAUUCAGCACCGCGGUGUUGCGGUCAUCCGCAACGUGAUCCCUUCGGACCAGGUACUGGCGUGGAAGGAGGACAUCAAGGCGUAUGCGGCGAGGAACAACGCCAAGGGCUUCCCGGACGACAACCCGCAGGUGUACGAGCUCUACUGGACUCCGGCACAGCAGGCGGCGCGCACCCACCCGAACCUGCUCACCACCUCGGAACGAUUCCUGCAGCUCUUCCACCAACCGGCGUCCAACUCGGCGCUGGGCGUCGAUACCACAGCGGUGCUGGGGCAGCCGCUCAACUACUGCGACCGACUGAGGAUCCGACAGCCUGGAGACGCCAAGUUCGCGCUGGGCGCACACAUCGAUGGCGGCGGCGUGGAGAGGUGGGAGUGCGACAACUUCCGCGGGCUGUGGAGCUCGAUCCUGCAAGAGGAGGGGGACUGGACCAAGCAUGAUCCGUGGUCGCUUGGUGCCAAUGGCGAGAGGAUGACUGCCAAGACCGAUAUGUACGACGGUCCCGGUCAGUGUGCAGUAUUCCGGCCGUUGCAGGGGUGGUUGUCCAUGUCGACGACGCGUGCAGGCGAAGGAACGCUCAGAGUCCUUCCAUUCCUGCGCGAGUCGACGGCGUACAUUGUCUUGCGUCCCUUCUUCACGCCCCUCGUCCCACGUGCGCAGUGCAGUAGCGAAGCGCAGUUCCUGCAUGCCGACAACUGGGUGCUCGAUACCACCUCGCGUCGAUUCCCCGGGUGCAGUCUGGGGCACAACAUCGAGCUGUCCACCACGACUCAUCCGCACCUGGCACUCGACAAGACCAUGACCAGCAUCCCGCACGUCAACCCGGGUGAUAUGGUGCUCUGGCACUGCGACGCCGUCCACUCGGUCGAAAACACCCACCGUGGCAAGUCGGACAGCAGCGUCCUCUACAUCCCCGCCAUCCCCACCACAAAGGUCAACUGGUCCUACAUCAUGAACCAGCGUCAGUGCUUCGAACGAGGUGUUCCCCCGCCUGACUUUCCGGGUGGAAAGGGCGAGUCGGACGCACACGGCAGGGCUACCCCGGACCAAGUGGCGGGUCAAAAAGCUCGCACAAGCCUCGGCCUCGCAAAGUUCAACCACGACGCCGCAAAGUCUGCCCCCGAACGCGCCCUCCUCGAAUGGUGCAACUCGCAGCUCUAA